AUGGGACGGGGAAUCCUUGACACCCUUGACCAGAUCCUGGAUACGCUCCACUCCUCUUCACAAUGCAGCGGCGAAGGUUGGCAGCAUCGCAUUACCAACAUACGCAGAGCUCUGUACGAGCAGCGUGGCGCCAUAGAGUCUUCGAACGACCCGUUGAUGGAGGGUUUUCCACAUGUAUUUGUCAUUCCGCUUCUAGUUGACCAACAUUCUGCAAGCAGCCAUGUCCCUCAAACAGCAAGCGAUCCCAACCCUUCGACAAACUCGAACGUAUCGCAAAUGCUGGAGCUGAUGCGUAACCAGAUCGAUGCUGUGGCUGGAGCCCAGAUACACGCGUUGUCUAGGCAAUCUCCCCGUGGCACCCAAGCUCACCCAAGUCCCCUAAUGAGUCCUGAGUUAGGGCCGCGUUCGAUUAGCCUGCCAGAAUUUGCAACGGAGUCGUUGCCGCCUCGUGAGUUAUAUUGCCGAUCAAGCGCACGCGGGGCGAGCGUUUUUCGGUCAGACGGAUCAUCGCAGACGGAGCCAGUGGUAGCUGAAACUGUCAUACAACCUUCACGUGUUUCAAGAUCGCAAUCUGGUACUGUGAUAUCGGGUUUUGCAGGUGACGACAAUGUGGAGGAGGCAGGGCCCCCCGUAGCAGCUGCCACAUCAACAACGGACGUUAGUGCAGCCACCACGGAGUCCCAUAUAUACGUACCUCUUGCCUCUCUAAAGCAUGCUCAAAGUUCUAUCAGCAUGUACGUCGUGGCUGUUGAGAUGAUUCGCUCCAAUUUACGAAGCACUCGAACACAGACUGACUUCUUGAACUACCGUGCCAUCGACCCAUCUGUGUAUGGCACGGCCGGGAACAAGGCCGUUGAUUUUUCAGUUCAAAUACUGCUAUCGAACGAUUCCAAGCACUUCCACGUGAAUUAUGGCGAUGUAAUUCGUCUGAGGCGGGUAAACGCGGAGUUUGUUACAGACAAAUCUGGCAAAAAGCAUGUAAAUAUCAUUAUGAACGCGAAGAAUUUUUCAGCCAUACGAAUUUGGCCGAACGACGCUUGUAGAGUGACUCAAGAUCCACAGGAACCAGAUGUAAGUGCUGCCAGUGAGCCCGUUGAAGACAAAUGCAAGAGCAAAAGGCAUCGCCCCGAUGCUCUGGAAAAGCUCGCGUCGGAGGCUCUUGUCAUAUAUGGAGGUACUCGGACUAGAGUGGAUGAUGUAGAUUUGGAGAUGGUCACUAAAUUGCGCACUUGGGUUCGGGACACGUUGGACGCCAAGGCGCUCACGACCAAUCCCGAAUUCGCGCGCACAAUAGCCGACGCAGGCCCAUGCGGAAGUGACUUUAUCGUCUGCGUGCUCGAUGUUUCUCCAGAACCCGGGGUGAAUCUUUUGGUGAGCGACGCAUCGUCGAUGGCAGUGGUGAUGGGCUUGAACGACAUUUUGGUUUCCAACCUGCUCGAAUCGCACAAUCGCGUACAACCUGGGGAGUGGUUAAAGCUGCGUUACGUUCAGAGGUCGGUAAUGCCCUUUAAGCGUGCGGACGGCACCAAUCACGUGGCGCUAACUGCGUCAAACUUUUCAACUGUGACGCGUUUACCCAUCUUAGACCUGCCAUACAUAAAGCCAGUGCCGCCUACAGCCGCUCGUUCAAAGAAGUUGCGCCGCGUAACACGCAUGAAAAUGUGGAAUGAGGCAUCGGGCCUGAACCGCCAAUUCCCGCUCCGCCUGCGCAAUUCCACGGGUUACGUGAACCGCCUGUUGCAGUAUACAUGCACGGACGACGGUGUAUUCGAGAAAGUGACUCGCUCCUCCGAUGUGGAAGUUGAGGAAGGUGAGAUUCAGCCGACUGUGUCUCCUCAGUAG